UCCAUCACUUUUCCAAACCUCACUUUACACAACUCUCUUCUCACUUCUCACUUCUCACUCUCAUUCAUCUCUAGAAAAAAGUCUUGAACCUUUUUUGUGAACAUAGUAGCACAUCAAGUUUAUGUACAAUAUAUACUAUAUGUAUAGAACUUGUUGAUUAGUCAUGAAGCUUCAUAAACAUAUUUGCCUAUUUUUGUUUCUCUUUAGUUUAAUUUCAAGUUCUCAAGCAUAUACAUUCUAUGUUGGUGGAAAAGAUGGAUGGGUUGUGAAUCCCUCGGAGAGUUACAGUCAAUGGACAGGGAGGAAUAGGUUCCAAGUCAAUGAUAUUCUUGUUUUUAAGUACAAGAAGGACUCAAAUUCAGUGUUAGUGGUGAACAAGGAAGAUUAUGAUAAAUGCAACAAAAAGUAUCCGAUCAAGAAAUUUGAUGAUGGUGAUUCUGAGUUUCAACUUGAUAGAUCUGGUCCUUUUUAUUUCAUUAGUGGAAAAGAUGAUAAUUGUGAAAAAGGUCAAAAACUAAUUGUUGUGGUGCUGGCUGUGAGAAAAAUAUCUCCUCCCUAUGUUCCAAUUAUACCACCUAAAACACCUUCACCUAUUCAUAGUCCUCCCAAUGUUCCCUAUACUCCUCCAAAGGUACCUUCUCCUGGAAAUCAACCACCAUAUGUGCCAAUAACACCACCAAAGACACCUUCUCCUAUUAUCAAUCCUCCUAAUGUUCCUUAUACUCCUCCGAAAACACCUUCUCCUGAAAAUCAACCACCAUAUGUACCAAUAAUACCACCAAAAACUCCUUCUCCAAUCUAUAGUCCUCCUAAUACUCCUUAUACACCUCCCAAAAGUACUCCUCCCUCACCUAAUCAACCUCCCUAUGUUCCUACACCUCCAAAAACUCCUUCACCUAUUUACAAUCCUCCAAAUGUUCCUUAUACUCCUCCAAAAACACCAUCUCCUCGCAAUCAACCACCUUAUGUACCAAUUACACCACCAAAAACUCCUUCUCCUAUUCACACUCCUCCUAAUGUUCCAUAUACUCCUUCCCCUACCAAUCAACCACCUCAUGUUCCAAUUACACCGCCAAAAACUCCUUCUCCUAUUCACACUCCUCCUAAUGUUCCAUAUACUCCUUCCCCUACCAAUCAACCACCUCAUGUUCCAAUUACACCACCAAAAACUCCUUCACCUAUUCACAACCCUCCUAAUGCUCCAUAUACUCCUUCCCCUGCCAAUCAACCACCCCAUGUUCCAAUUACACCACCAAAAACUCCUUCUCCCAUCCACACCCCUCCUAAUGUUCCUUAUACUCCUUCCCCUACCAAUCAACCACCAUAUGUGCCAAUUACACCACCAAAAACUCCUUCACCCAUCCACACCCCUCCUAAUGUUCCUUAUACUCCUUCACCUACCAAUCAACCACCUUAUGUUCCAAUUACACCACCAAAAACUCCUUCUCCCAUCCACACCCCUCCUAAUGUUCCUUAUACUCCUUCCCCUACCAAUCAACCACCAUAUGUGCCAAUUACACCACCAAAAACUCCUUCACCUAUUCAUGCCCCUCCUAAUGUUCCUUAUACUCCUUCACCUACCAAUCAACCACCUUAUGUUCCAAUUACACCACCAAAAACUCCUUCUCCCAUCCACACCCCUCCUAAUGUUCCUUAUACUCCUUCCCCUAGCAAUAAACCACCAUAUGUACCAAUUACACCUCCAAAAGCUCCUUCCCCAAGCAAUCAUGCACCUAAUGUUCCAAUUACACCUCCAAAGACUCCUUCUCCUACUUACAAUCCUAUUCCUCCUAGUAAUGUUCCUUACACUCCUCCAAAAGCUCCUUCCCCUAACAAUGAACCGCCAUAUACACCAAUUCCUCCAAAAACUCCUUCUCCCGUCUCUCAACCACCCUAUGUACCAAUUACACCACCUAAAUCUCCUUCUCCAAUUCACACCCCUCCUAAUGUUCCUUACACACCUCCAACAACCCCUUCCCCAAGCAAUCACCCUCCGCAUGUUCCAAUUAUACCUCCAACAACACCCUCUCCUUUUUCUCAACCUCCAUAUGUGCCAACACCUCCCAAAACCCCUUCUCCAAUUUCUCAAGCACCUUACAUUCAAACACCUCCAAAAGCUCCUUCCCCAAGCAAUAACCCUCGAAAUGUACCAACACCUCCGAAAACCCCUUCUCCCAUUUCCCAAGCUCCUUAUAUUCAAACACCUCCAAACACUCCUUCACCAACAUCACAACCACCAUACAUUCAAACACCUCCAAACACUCCUUCUUCUCCGACAUCACAACCACCAUACAUUUCAACACCUCCAAAAAGUACUCCUCCAUCCUCUCAAACACCAUAUAUUUCAACACCUCCAAAAAGCACUCCUUCUCCAUCUUCAAAUACACCUUAUAUUCAAACACCAUCAGGAGCUCCUUCUCCAAUUUCACAACCUCCAUAUAUACAAACCCCACCAAACGCUCAUUCCCCAACAUCUCAGCCACCUUACAUUCAAGCACCAAGCACCUCUUCUCCAUCAUCAUCUCUACCUCCAGGAGUAGCACAAACACCCUCUGGAAAUGGAAUAGCACCAUCUCCUUAUCAAUUUAACAACCCAACAUCACCUUCAUCUUCACCUUCAGCUAGUUCACCGGUGUCAACCACUACCUCGCCUCCAGCUUCCACUCCAGCUAGUUCACCGGUGUCAACCACUACCUCGCCUCCAGCUUCCACUCCGGCAAGUUCUCCGGUGCCAACCACUACUUCACCUCCAGCUCCUACUCCGGCUAGUUCCCCAGUGUCAACCAAUUCUCCAACAGCAUCUCCUGCGGGUUCCUUGCCGGCAGCAGCAACUCCAUCACCUUCGUCUACUACUGCAGGAAGUCCGUCACCGUCCUCCACCCCUCCAGGAACGCGUUCGUCGAAUGAAACCACGCCAGGGAGGUCAAUCGGAGUGGCGUCUGCAAGUCCAUCUGGGGUAUGGGCAUACUCCAUUACUAUUUUGGUCGGUGCUGCCCUCGCUAGCACUAUUCUUGGAUAGAAAAAUCGAACAUAUAUUAUAAUUAUUAUAUAGUAUUAUAUUACUUUUGAAUUUUCACAUAUAUAAUUUGUGAACAUUUUUGUUUUGUAAGUAUUGUUGGACAUAAUCAAGAGAUAUCUAUCUCAUCUCAUAAUUAGUUUUACGUGUAUAAUCUGGUUGCAAUGUGAAUUCUCUUGUUUCAACUUUUUGCUGCUUCAGUUUACUAGCAUUAUUGUUCUGUUUCCAGAAGCUACAGAAAUCGAACAGGGGACACAUUUAUCAAAUUAUAUUUAUUUUAUAGUA